UGUUGUGUUUGUGCUGCUUUUCCUGGUUGGCCCAAGCUCAUCUUCAAACUUUUGGGGAGAUCCCUGCUCUUUCUGCCUCAGUGGUGUAGUGUGUCUCUGAUCCGUGUGAACCUGCUGAGGCCUGUUUUUCAGGUGUGUGAUGAACCAGAAGAGCUGAAAAGAAAGGUGGCUGAGCUGGCAGCAGCUGUGCGGAGCGCAAGGCACCUUGUCAUCUACACAGGCGCUGGGAUCAGCACGGCGGCUUCGAUCCCAGACUACAGAGGCCCCAACGGCAUUUGGACACUGCUGCAGAAGGGCAGGAGCAUCAGGGCUGCAGACCUGAGUGAGGCAGAGCCCACACUCACUCAUAUGAGCAUUGCCUGUCUGCACAAGCACAACCUGGUGCAGCAUGUGGUGUCUCAGAACUGUGAUGGGCUGCACCUGCGGAGCGGGUUACCCCGAGCUGCAAUAUCUGAGCUUCAUGGGAACAUGUACAUAGAGGUCUGCACUUCCUGUACACCCAACAGAGAGUAUGUGCGAGUGUUUGAUGUGACGGAGCGCACAGCCCUGCACAGGCAUCACACGGGCAGGAUGUGCCACAAGUGUGGGGCACAGUUGAGAGAUACAAUCGUCCACUUUGGGGAGAAGGGGACAUUGAGACAGCCCCUGAACUGGGAAGCAGCAACAGAAGCUGCAAGCAAAGCAGAUGUGAUUCUUUGUCUGGGUUCCAGCUUAAAGGUUUUGAAAAAAUACCCGCGGCUCUGGUGCAUGAGCAAGCCCCCCACACGCCGGCCCAAGCUGUAUAUUGUGAACCUGCAGUGGACUCCGAAGGAUGAUCUGGCCGCCCUGAAGCUGCACGGCCGCUGCGACGACGUGAUGCGGCUGCUGAUGGCGGAGCUGGGGCUGGAAAUUCCGCGCUACGACCGGGCGCGGGACCCCAUCUUCGCGCUGGCCGAGCCGCUGCGCCCCGGCGAGGAGGCGGGAGACAACGGCACCGCUCCCGAGCUCCCUUGGGCUCGGCCGCCUGACGGAGGUCGGUGGGGCCGGCCCGUUCCCCUCGGGCUGCCGGGCAGCUGCGGGGAGGGAGCGCCGCCGCGGGCCCUGGGUGUACCGGCACGGCUCUGCCCGGCAGCAGAGAGACCUUCAGCCCCGAAGCCUGGGGCGGGUUGCCCGCAGCUCCCGAGGAAGCGCGUCCCGGUGUGCCCGGGCUGA